CUUAUUCUAGGGAAGGUUUUUCAUGUAUUUCUUUUAGAACUAUUUAUUUGGCUAAUCUGACAGGAUUUGUUUUGUAUAUACUGAUUAUUUGUGCAGAUACAGUGUGAUUUGUUGCUUUUUUAUGAAUAAAACUGUCAAAAUGAGGAUGCUCUAGAGGCGAUGAUGCCAAAAAUGUAAAAAAAAAUUUGCCAUUCGGCCCAAAACAUAUUCAUUUUGAAGACGGAUGUUGUUUUCUUGUCUUGCAAAUUUGAAUAAAAAAACCAUUCAAGUGCUUUCAUUCUCUUUAUUGCUGUCGAAAACAGAUUUCUCGGUGCAAAAAGUAGAAUAAAUCAGCAUUCAUGUCAAGUUUAACGCAUGAAAUCUGAGUGUAUAGUGGCAGGUGAGUAUCUCUUAUUGCUCAGCAAUAACUGAUUGAUAUCAGUGUAGACUACGUGUACAGAUGUUUCAGCAGAUGUUCAAAAAGACAAUUUCUGACAGCCAGUUUGACUCUGAAGAUGGUAUUUCUGCGGUAUUUGGACAGAGCUAAGAGGGAAAGAAGAGCCAAAAAGAUGUUCACAGGGUUUGACGGAUGAUUGGUUAUGAAAGUAUUUUCCAAAGUAUGAGAUGGAAAAUAUUUGGAGAGGCAGAGAGAGAUAGAAAUGUGAGAAGAGCAGAGUGGAGAUAAGAUGAGGCGGAUGAAAGUAAACAGAAGUAUUAUAGUUGAGGGGGACUUACAAGCCCUGCAGCUUUUUAAUGAGAUUGAUUGAGAAUUUUGAAGAUGGACACUAAUUUGUCUCUCUCUCUUCACUAAUCUCUUUAAUCUCCAUAUUUUAUAAUGUUAAUAUCACUUUGGGUUCAAUCAAAAUACUGUUUAAUAAAUUGUGCAAAUAUUUGUAGUCAAUUAUGAUGUAAAAUGAGGUAUCAUAUAUGCAGAAUAUGCAGCAGGUCAUAAAUGGUUUUGUUAUUUAUUCAGGCUCCUGCAGCUAUGGACUGGGAGAACCGAUCCACGGUGAACUCUUCUGCUCCAGACUCUUCUUCAUCUCCAUCCAUGCCUGACUCUUCAUCCUCCUUCUGCUGCAACUCCUCUCAACCCCUGUUCUACACCUCCCCGCUCUCGGCCCCUGCCUUUUCCGGCUUGGACCUCCUGUCCGACCUGAAGCCCGUCUUCAUCCCUCUCUACUCCGCCGUGGUGCUGGUCGCCUGCUCCGGCAACCUCCUCCUGCUAUUUCUCAUCUGGCACAACAAGAAAAGACACAACACCACAAACUUCCUCAUCAGCAACCUGGCGCUGGUCGACCUGCUCAUGUGCAUCUUCUGCGUCCCUUUGACCGCGUCCUACGCUUUUGACCAGCGUGGAUGGGUGUUUGGUCCCCACAUGUGUCACUUUGUGACUGUCAUGCAGUCUGCGGCGGUCUACGCAGCAGUCCUGUCCCUCAUGGCCAUCGCAGUGGAUCGUUACGUGGUCGUGGCUUAUCCCAUCCGCAAAAGAGCGGGGUGCCAGUUCUGCUGGGGGCUGGUGGUCCUGAUCUGGCUGUCCUCUCUGGCUUUGUCCACACCUACAGCACUGCACACCGUCCACCUGGACCUGCGGGCCGCGGGGCUGCAGAUGGCCGUGUGUGAGGAGUUCUGGGAUGGCCAGGAGCGAGGCCGCCUCAUCUACUCCUGUUUCAUUCUCUUCUUCUCCUACUUUGUCCCACUGGCUGCUGUCUCUAUUUCCUACUGUGCUAUAUCAUAUCGGCUGAAGCAGAGGACCACGUCAGGUUUGACGGCGUGUCAAGAGUUGAGAUCAGCAAGGGCUGCAUGGAGCAGACGGAGGAGGAAGACCUUCUUCCUGCUGCUGGUGUCCGUCCUCUGUUUCGCCUUCUCGUGGCUUCCCUUACAGGUGGUGAAUCUGAUCCGUGACCUGGACACAGACUUCUCCAUCUUAGGGAAGAAUUACGUGAACAUCAUCCAGGUGUCCACUCACCUGCUCGCCAUGAGCUCCGCCUGCUACAACCCUUUUAUUUACGCGUCAUUGCACGACAAGUUCCUGUCCUGCCUGUGCCGCCACUUCCUGUCCCGGAGGAGAGGAAAAGGAAAGGACAGGGGUCAAGGGUCAAGCAUCCUGACAAUGUCACACAGAGUGCAGCGCCUUCACACCUCCACGAUGGCGGCAGAUUUAGCAGGUGCUGUUGUAAAUAACGUUAUUCCUCGAGACAACUACGCUUGAAUUGUUGCUCCGCUUGAAUACGCACAAGAAUUUUAUCUGUUGGUGUUUUCAAGAAAUGACUACUAAUACUGGCAGGCAAGUUGAGUGAAAAGAAAAUGAAUUUAAAGCACACUGAAUUUCAAAAACUCACACGGUGGGGUUUCAUAAAACAGCCACAUUGUGUACAGCUGGUCGUAGUCAUAAACAAAAAUACACAACAGCUCGGUCUCUAGAUCUCUAUUUUAACAGCUCGACUGAAUUACUACAGGUUUAAAACAUUAGCCUGCUUUCAUUCAAAGGAAAUGUGUGUAAUAAUUUAUAUUUUUAUCAAAUGUACAGAGGUUUAUGCACUGAAAGUAUAUUUAGCACUGACAAAUAUGCUACUGUGAUCUUAAACAUAUAUACUAUAAACCGUGAUUUUGCUCUUGUCUUUGCAAAAAUACAUUUCUAAUUUCUAAUAAUUUAUGAUUUGUCUAUGUAUGCUGUUCUUAUCUGAAUGUUUCUUUGCCAUUCCUGUCCACUUGUGUAUUAGGAUAAUUGUAUAUGUCUAUUACGUGUGCCGUCUAUUCUAUUUUGUUUAAUUUCAUUCAAUAAACAGGUUUAUUUAAAUCCUUAUAAUGAUAAAGUUUAUUUGUAUAGCACUUAUCAAAUCAGUGUUACAAAGUGCUUUACAACAAAUGCAUAAAACACAACAAUAAAAUACACAUUCAUGUUUGAAUAUUUAAUUUCCUUUGGUGGAAGUGUUCUCUGGGCUUGCCUAAGCACAAAUGUGAAGAUAUUUUCAUAUCGGUUUCGAGUGUUCUCGAGGAGUUUUACAAUAAAAAAAAAAAGGUAAUUUUGAAAUUGGUCUGUACAGUAAUUGCUGCAUUCGGAUGGAUCUAGGCCGGAUCUUUUAAUGAGUGGUCGCACACAGGCAGUCUUCAAAUAUUCUGGGAUACAGCCAGAGGAUAAAGAACUGUUAAUUACUGAGAGCAACCAAGGGGCAGUCACAUCCAUUACUUCAUAGAGACAUUUAGGAGGCAUUAUACCUACAUGACCGGAGGUUCACCACAGUGACCAUGAGCCAAUUUAAAGAGCAUAAAACUUGAUAAAACAGCACAGUUGGGGCUGCGGGCUUCAAUAAAAGAAUCAGGAGGGAGCCACAAUUUGAUUGUAUCUCACUGAUUUUAUCAUAAAAAGGGUUAAAAUUGAAGACAUCCCUCACUAUAUGACUGAUUAAAGGAUUUAAAAGACGGUCCACCGUGUUAAAAAGAGCUCUG